AUGGCGGCUUCGAGCGACGAACAAUCAUUGCCAAAGCUGGAGAGACGGCUCGGCGAUCCCAAUAAUACUCCCUUGGUCAUCGAGGAGCCUAGCAUAUACAAAUCACUCACACCUCGAUCGUCAACUACCUUGGAAGAGCCUUGCGAGCAAAAGUUUUUCAGACUUCUCACUAUUCUUCCAGGCGUUGAUCCUGCUAUCAUGGAAUGCAAACUCGAAGUUGCUGUCUUCCCAGUUGACAUGCCAUUCGAAGCCUUGUCAUAUGAGGCUGAGGAACGAUUAGUCUGGGUCGAUGCCCUAUGUAUCAAUCAAGACGACCUCGCAGAGCGCUCACAACAAGUCAUGUUAAUGAGGGAUAUCUACUCUGUGGCUCACAGAGUUGUGGUGUGGCUCGGUGAAGAUAAUGGCCAGGCAGCAGAAGCCUUAGCCAUCAUCAAGAAAGCUGCCAACUUUUAUUUGUUUGAAACGAACACCCCGCUUUCACGACUCAGCACCGAGCUCUGGCCAGAGUCAGACAAAAUCAAAUACGAUCCGAUGUUUCCUGAGAGAGAAGCAAACAGCAUAUUUCGUGGCUUUCCCACAUUACCCGAGUUCAAUGACACGACCACGCCAUCACCGUGGAAUUCCGUUGCCUGGUUUUAUGAUCUUGAGUGGUUCAAAAGGGUAUGGAUCAUCCAGGAGGUCGCUUUUUCUCCAACGAUCAUAGCGGCCGCUAUCCUCAGUACUCGCUUUGCCGAAAAUCAAUCAAUCAGCACCUUGAUCAGCAUGGGAUUAUAUUCCAGAUCUACGGAUCCCCGAGAUAAGGUCUUUGGGCUACUAGGACUAACUGAUGACAAGACUCGCAGCAAUGUCUGGAUGAAAUCAGAUUAUACGAGAUCGACCGCAGAGGUAUAUAUGAACACCAUUCGAUACAUCAUACUAGCCAAUGAGCCUGAUGGAAGGCUCUCCGAUGUCUUCGCGAACAUCACGAGUUAUCCUGGCGACGAGAAUGAUAAGUACCCGUCAUGGGUACCUCGAUGGGACUCGUUCACAACUCCAGAUCAAUUCUCGGCUCCGAUCCAAUUUGCACAAUGGAAAGCGGGUGGAGGACGAGACGAAGAGGUCAAUCUUCCACCUCAUUCUGAGAUCUUGAAUAUCAAAGGGGUCUUAUUAGGAACUGUGUAUCGUGUUGAUGAUGCGAUAGCCAAUGAGAAGAAUUCGCUUGAGCCUAUAAAACAGACUUGGGAUCGAUUCCAUGAGGAACUCGAAGAUUCCACCAGAGUCGAAACGUUAGAAUGUGCGUUUAUUCGUACGGUUACCGCGGGACAUGCAUGUCUAUCUGAGCUUUCCGGAUCAGCUCGCCUAUUCGAGGCUGAUGAUUUGAAAAACUGUUUUGAUUUCAUCGCUGGCGUUGCCGAGGACAACGGUUCCGUCACAAGAGCUCAAAAAUUGUUGAAUUCGACUCGCAAUCUCCCCUUUUUCACCACUACUGAUAAGCAUAUGGGUUUGGCAGGCAACAAAUCUAUUUUAUCUGGUGAUAUACUGUGUGUAUUCUUUGGCCACAGGAUGCCGUCUGUUCUAAGACCGGUGGGCGAGGAGUAUCGAUUCUUAGGACCAUGCUACAUCCAUGGCUACAUGUAUGGGGGAGCGAUUGAAAAGUUGGAAAGUGGGGAACUGGAAGAGAGGUGGUUUCUUCUGUGUUGA